AUGGAGAGUGAUGACAUCUCCAUUCACACCAUCGAUUGUCAGCUCGACUCUUCUCGAUGCGAGUGUCAUACUUCAUACCAGUUCUAUGAAUAUCAAGAAAGAUUUGUUUUGGGAGUCGUUGCCUGGGGAUUUAUUGUUUUUGGGAUCAUUUGUAAUCUGAUGUCGGUACGGAUAUUCACCCAUCGUUUAAUGUAUUCCACAUGUAUUAACUGGUAUCUCACCGUGCUUUCGUUGACGGAUUCUUUCGUUUUAAUGGCAGCUUUCUUUGUUCUUACUUUGCCUCGGCUUGGAGAAACAUUUCAUUUUUGGGCAGCGACAAAACUGAGGUAGGAAUUUCCAUUGUAAACGAUGCUUCAAACAAAAUAAAGAUCUUAAUGUUGUUCGUUCAGUUAUAACCUGGUUCCUAUCUGUUAUGGAUUGAUGACUCUGACACAAACUGCGAGGUAAUUAUCAUCAAAAGCCCCAAUUUCUCUUCUUUUUAGCGUUUGGAUUACUGUAGCUUUAUCAGUACAUCGGUUCAUCGGCGUUUGUUAUCCAUUUCAAUCAAUGGAAUGGUUGAGUGACGGCAAAGUGAGACGCCUUAUACUGUCCAUCCUCAUCUUCUCCGUCUUCUUCAACCUCACCCGGUUCUUUGAAGUUCGAGUAGUUAAUAGUUGUUAUCGAGAGAACAUCCAGUCGGAAAUCCCAGUAAGUUCUCUCAUCCAAAGUGUUUAAUCAGAACGCUGAAUUGGGAAGAUCUUGUAAUACUCGCUGCAAUUAAAUAACUGCUUCAAAUGUUGAUUACCAUUUUAGGUAAUCGCACCAACGGCGAUGCGGAUGAAUCCCAUCUACAGAUCAGUCUUCUUUGGAUGGGCUUAUACUCUGGUCAUGUUUUUGAUCCCCUUUGUGAUACUUAUUAUAGUUAACACCCGAGUCUUGAACAGUAUCAGAAGACAAAACCGUCGUCAUCGUCGUCAAAGCACAACGGUUGCCGAGAUCCAGAUGAGCAAGAAAGCGGAGACCAAGGAGCGGCAGACCACUGUAAUGUUAUUCGCUCUGGUCGUCGUUUUUCUUUCCUGUAAUACCCUGGCAUUACUCUCCAAUAUCAUGGAGAAUAUCGGAUAUGACGACAGCUACUUGUAUGCCUCCCUUGUGACUUAUAACAACUUCUUUGUGAGCUUCCAAAAUUUAUUCAGAAAGUGUUGUAGUGGAUUAACCUGCAGAUUACUUUUAUUUUAGGUAAUCGUGAACGCAUCGAGCAAUGUGUUCAUCUUCAUGUUGUUCUCAGAGAAAUAUCGUCUCAUAAUGAAAACAUAUAUGAUGAAUAUACAUCGCCGGCCAAGUCGAACCGAUUCCCAAUUACUGACCAAUGGCCCCAUAUUCGUGUAA